CUCAUGAAGCUUAUGCAGAUAAACUACUUCGUCGGAGACUACUAAUAAAUGCUCCCUUUCUCUCUACGUUUCUGUUUGAUUCCGGAGAAAACACAGUGAGCCGAAAACAUACCUUCAGGUGUUACUGCUGCAUUCUUAACUUUGAAGGAAUGGCUCGAAUCUCCACUAUGAACUCCGUCUUGCGGAAGGUUUCUGUCGCCGCGGCCGCCUCUGGUUUGUUGUAUUUGUGUCGCGAUUCAGAUUCCAAAACAAUGGUAUCAAUAUCUGUUCCGGCACAAUUUCGAGAGCCAUUGUUGAGGCCAUGGCAAAUUGCUCAAGAUAUAAUUCAUCGUUCUUCAUUCCUUUCACAGGGAGAUGCCUCGCAAUCUGGGAAUCUCCCGCCUAUUUUCUCUAGAAUUGGACCUGUUCCAUCAGCAGAUGUAAAUAAGGAAGCUUUUGGGAAAGUGGGUGAUGGUGUGAAACCAUCUUGUGGAUUUUUAGGCAGAGAUAGUAUUGCCAAUGCAGCUGCUAUGGUUGGUCCUGCUGUUGUCAAUAUAUCAGUACCACAGGGUUUUAACGGGAUGACUAUUGGAAAGAGCAUAGGCUCUGGAACUAUCAUUGAUCCUGAUGGUACUAUCUUAACUUGUGCUCAUGUUGUAGUUGAUUUUCAUGGUCUCAAUGAUUCAUCCAAAGGGAAGGUUGAUGUGACCUUGCAAGAUGGUCGAUCAUUUCAGGGUACUGUGUUGAAUGCUGAUUUACAUUCUGAUAUUGCUAUUGUAAAGAUCAAAUCUUCAACUCCACUUCCAACUGCAAAACUUGGCACUUCAAGUAUGCUUCGUCCAGGGGACUGGGUUAUAGCUCUGGGCUGUCCACUUUCCCUUCAAAAUACAGUUACUGCUGGUAUUGUUAGUUGUGUUGACCGUAACAGCAAUGAUCUGGGUCUUGGAGGAAUGCGGAGAGAGUAUCUACAGUCAGAUUGUGCAAUCAAUGCUGGAAAUUCUGGAGGCCCCCUAGUUAAUAUUGAUGGAGAAGUUGUUGGUGUUAAUAUUAUGAAAGUACUUGCCGCUGAUGGCUUGGCCUUUGCUGUACCUAUUGAUUCGGUUUCCACAAUUAUAGAACACUUCAAGAAAAAUGGGAGAGUCAUUCGACCUUGGCUUGGAUUGAAAAUGAUUGAUCUCAAUGACAUGUUGGCUGCUCAGCUUAAAGAAAAAGAUGCCAAAUUUCCUGAUCUCAACAGAGGCAUUCUAGUACCUAUGGUAACUCCAGGAUCACCUGGUGAUCUGGCUGGAUUCCAUCCUGGUGAUGUUGUCACAGAAUUCGAUGGGAAACCCGUUGUGAGCAUCAAGGAGGUGGUUGAAAUAAUGGGGGACAGAGCUGGGAUUCCUUUGAAAGUAGUUGUGAUCAGAGCAAAUAACAUUAGAGCGACUUUGACAGUGGUCCCAGUGGAGGUGAGCCCGGUCAUGUAAAUGGUUUGAGUUCUCUUCUUCCCUCAUGAUAGAAUCUUAGUUUCAUUUUUUUAGUGUCAUUCAUAGGAGAUGUGAGCAGAUUAUAGAAAAGUUGUUACUUUUUCAUUACAAAUUUAUGCAUUUUUAAAUUCUUUAAUCUUUCAAUUGAAAAAGUUAAAAUAA